CAAAACUACAAACACUAAACACUGACUGACGAGUGAGACAACAGACAAACACAACAAACCCUGAAUUGGCCUCAAUUUGACUCAUUUUGGGACCCAUUUGUCAAUAGUUUGCCAUUUGAUACACAUUUCGGUGAUCUCUUUGAAUGCGAUCGACGAGUGAAUCGGUGGACACUUAGUGUGAAUGAGUGACCAAAUGGUGUGAAUAGCGAGCACUGAGUCACUGAACCACUGAAUCACUGCAACUCUAAAUCAUAAGUGAAUUGUCUUUUGGUCUCAAUUGGAUUCAUUGAUUUGAUUGCAUCGACUAAACCAUCGGCGGUUAGUCUGGCAUCGCGUGAUUUCGUGGUGAUCACAGCAAUCAUUUGUUGGAUUUGUUGUUGAAAUGAGUUUAAAACAACCGAAAAAAGACACCAAAAUGAGAAUCAGAGCCUUUCCCACGUCUAUGGAUGAGAAGUAUGUGCUCAGCAUUUGGACACUACUUAAGAACGCCAUUCAGGAGAUCCAGAAGAAGAACAACAGUGGUCUCAGCUUUGAAGAGCUCUAUCGCAACGCAUAUACAAUGGUUUUGCAUAAACACGGAGAGAGACUAUACAACGGACUCCGGGAUGUCGUCAAAGAGCAUCUCGUCAAUAAGGUUCGGGUGGAUGUGUUGAACGCACUGAACAACAACUUCCUGCAAACCCUGAACGAGGCCUGGAAUGACCACCAGACCAGUAUGACUAUGAUCCGGGACAUUCUCAUGUAUAUGGAUCGCGUGUAUGUCCAGCAGAAUAGUGUAGACAAUGUAUACAAUUUGGGUUUGAAUUUAUUCCGCGAUCAUGUCGUCCGAUACGGCAAUAUUCGGGAUCACUUGAGGGAAACACUCCUCGAAAUGGUUAUGAGAGAGAGAAAGGGAGAAGUGAUCGAUCGGUUGGCCGUUCGUAACGCCUGUCAGAUGUUAAUGCAAUUGGGAAUCGACUCGCGAUCCGUCUAUGAGGAGGACUUCGAGCGACCAUUCCUUCAACAAUCGGCUGAAUUCUAUCGCUUCGAAAGCCAGAAGUUUUUGGAGGAAAACAGUGCUUCGGUUUACAUCAAGAAAGUCGAGCAGCGGAUCAAUGAGGAGGCAGAGCGAGCCCAGCAUUAUUUGGACACUUCCACUGAACUCGAGAUCGUCCGCGUCGUCGAAGAAGAACUCAUUAGCAAACAUAUGAAGACAAUCGUCGAUAUGGAGAACUCAGGAGUGGUUCAUAUGCUUAAGAACACCAGAAUAGACGAUUUGUGUUGUAUGUAUAAACUGUUCUGUCGAGUCCCUAAUGGUCUUCAGGAGAUCAUCAAAUGCAUCAGUAAUAACCUCCGAGAACAGGGCAAAGCACUGGUCACUGAAGACGAGGCCACUAAAGGAGAUGCCGUGGCUUUUGUUCAGUCAUUACUUGAUCUGAAGGAUAGAUUUGAUAAAUUUCUUUCGGAAUCAUUUAAUGGUGACAAAGAGUUCUUGAAAAUGAUAGCAAAAGACUUCGAGUACUUUUUGAAUCUCAACCCUAAGUCACCCGAAUAUCUGUCGCUUUUCAUUGACGACAAACUGAAGAAAGGUGUGAAAGGGAUGACUGAACAGGAGAUCGAACAGGUGUUGGACAAGACUAUGGUUUUGUUCCGAUAUCUUCAGGAGAAAGACGUGUUCGAGCGCUACUAUAAACAGCAUUUAGCGAAACGCCUUUUGCUCAACAAAAGUGUUUCCGACGACUCCGAGAAGAAUAUGAUAUCCAAGUUGAAGACAGAGUGCGGCUGUCAGUUCACAUCCAAACUCGAGGGUAUGUUCAAAGACAUCUCCGUCUCCAACACAAUGAUGGAAGAGUUCAAAUCACACGUCAACUCAUCCCAAAUCAACUUAUGGGGUGUAGACCUGAACGUGCGGGUGUUGACCACUGGCUUCUGGCCCACGCAGUCGACUCCAUCCAAGUGUAACAUUCCGACGGCACCGCGAAAUGCUUUCGAGGCUUUCCGACGUUUCUAUUUGGGGAAACAUAGCGGACGACAACUCACACUUCAGUCACAACUCGGUUGGGCUGAUCUCAACGCCGUCUUCUAUGGCGCCAAAAGGGAAGACCCCUCGACCGAUGCAACCAAUGCGAGCGCCAACGCCUGCACUUCCAGUUCCAUCAAUAGUUUUGACAACACUGUUAGCACCUCUUCAUCACUACAAACCACUCAAUUAACUACAAAUACUAGCAAUUCAGUGAAAAUUAUUCCUCGAAAACAUAUAAUCCAAGUGUCAACACAUCAGAUGUCUAUUUUGAUGUUAUUUAACACCAGAGAUAAGAUUACUUAUGAAGACAUCGCCAACGAGACGGAUAUCGCCGAAAAGGAUUUGGUUCGAGCGCUCCAGUCGUUAGCUAUGGGUAAAGCCACUCAACGGGUCCUCAUUAAGAACCCAAAGACUAAAGAGAUGGAAGCGAAUCAUAUAUUUACGGUUAAUGACUCGUUCACAUCGAAACUGCACCGGGUCAAAAUACAAGCAGUGACAGCAAAGGGUGAGUCGGAACCGGAGCGCAAAGAGACGCGAUCUAAAGUGGAUGAGGACCGCAAACAUGAGAUCGAAGCGGCUAUUGUUAGGAUAAUGAAAGCCAGGAAACGAAUGUCACACUCGAGUCUUGUGGCUGAGGUGACGGAACAGCUCAAGACUCGAUUCCUUCCGAGUCCUGUCGUCAUAAAGAAGAGAAUCGAAGGAUUGAUUGAAAGGGAAUACUUGGCCCGAACUCCAGAGGACAGGAAAUUGUAUACAUAUGUAGCUUAACAUUAAUAUUGGGUUAAAAUACUUUAAUAAAAAUAAUUACGCGCUUAAGAGCCGAUUAUUUAUUAUGUUUUAAACACCUGAAUAGUAUAUAAAAAUUUAUUUUUACCCAAAUUGUCAUCAGUUAUCCGAUUAAAAAAUUUCUAUAAAAUUCUUUUGGAUGGC